AUGUUCGGCGUAUACGCCCCGGCAUUCCCCCUCAAGACAGAGAACGAAUCCGUUGAAGAGGAAUUAAUUAAAGAAAUACCAGCCGAGGUCGUGGAGAAUGGUCCACUUGCAGAACGUAACGUUGUACUUGCAAAUGCUUUCAAAUGUAUGCAAGAGGAGGUGGAGAAGGACACGGUCGAGUCUUUUGAGCACUCUGCUCAGAUUUUGAACGAUGCAGUCAAAGACGCCACAGCCAUUCCAUUUACUUCUACGGAUAAACGGGCCGACAACAAGGCUGACAGAGGCUUAAGGGAAACUCUCAGAGCACUGACGGAUCUCGAGAGGGAUCUCAGAAAGAAACUGGUUGUCCACGAGAAGCAUUGCGAGAGGUUGUUGUCGAGCUUCACAGCUGUGGAGACUUUCAUCAAAAACGAAUGUAGCAGCGGGCAACCAGACGGACCUCCAGUCAAGAUGCGUCUCUAUUGA